CUCUUACAUAGUUUAUUUAACUCUAUAAUUAGCAUAACAACGUUAUAUGUCAUAUAAAAUAAAAGACAAACGCAUGACCGGCACAUUUUCUAUUGAAACAUCAUUGUAACUUGACGUUUUAAAAAUGACAUCUUACUUGGUUCCUAUAUGUUUUUUGUUUGUGGUCUUGACUAUUGUGUCUUCUGCACCACCUGAUGAUAAACCUUUGGAUUGUCCAGAAAACGAAGAAUACUAUUACUGCAAACUAUUCCGUUGUCAGAGGAGUUGCGAUGACUUUAAGGAACAAACUCCGUGUCUGCCUCUAGCGCCCGGGUGUCAUCUGCCAGGGUGUGAAUGUGUGAGCGACUACUAUAGGAAUAAGGAUGGCAAAUGUGUGCCAGAAGCAGAAUGUUAUCAAAACAGUAUCAAAGAAAUUUAAAUAAAAGGCAAAAAUAAUUGUGA